AGCGACGGAACAGCGUGGCAAGCCUAGCAGUACGGAAAACGUCGAUCGCGUUGUGAUGGCAUUGUCGCGAGGCGGUCCUGGGAGCGAGGAGGACAUGUCUCGGAGCAUCGAGCAAAUGUCAGAACCUGCCGAGGUGCAACGCUACUUCGGCGACGAAUGCGGGGACGAUGACUAUGGAGGAGGAGGCGGUGGAGGCGGCGGCGACAGCUACGACGGCAAUAACAACGGAAGGUACGACUGCAGAGGCGACUUCAUCGCAAGCGGCGCCGGAGCCUUCCGGGGGAACUUCGGGCCACCCCGAAUGCCCUUCCGGGGUCGUGUGACGAGGCCGUUUGGACCGAGAGGCGGCUACGGACGCGGCCCGCCGUUUCGCGGACGCGGACCUCGGUUCGGUCGCCCUCCCUUCCGGCCUCCAGCGCGCGGUGGUUGGCCCGUGUCGCCGCGGUGCAACCGCGGAGGCCCAGCGCCACCACGCAGGCCUUUCUCUAGAGGCGGCACUCCUCAGCCGGCGAGACCGCCGAGGUUUCCUCGCGUACGAGGAGGCUGUUCUGACCGAGCUCGAGGCUUCCGCGGAGGCUUCGGAGACAAUGGCGGCGUGUCGCACGACCGUACGUGGCACAGCUAUCGCCGAGACGGAGUCGGCGGCGGACCUGACUAUUCGCCGGAGCCACCGCAACGCCCGCAGUGUAGAACGCGCAGUCGUUCGGUUGGACCGCCGCCGCGGGAAGUGGACUGGAGAGCGCAGCGGUCGCAAGGGGCCAGAGAUAACUGUUACCGCGAAGGCGGCAGGGAGUUGCAUAGUUUCUCCAGUGCCAGGGACAUCGAGGGCCGUGGAAGAACGCACUGCUCGCGAGAUUCGGUGAGGGGGACGACGUCCAGGAUACGGUCACGGAGCGUCGUCGAGGAGAUGACGCAACGCAUUGCCGCCAGGGUCGCGAGCGAAGCUAGGCUCAGGGAGGGGACACGUGACACGACUACAGCAACGAGGAGCGCAUCACGAGCCAGCACCGAGGCGCAAGCUGAGCGGAUGCGGGAAGGUGACCGCUGGAUGAAACGCCAGGAUGUGUUACCUGCGUCUUCUGUACACCACGCUCAGACGAAAACGCAGACCGUUUCAAUUAAGCCCGCUAUUCGCAAAGUGAAGGCAAGUGCGGAACCUGCUGUUGACUACACGGAGGUCAUAGCUCUUGGAGCGACGGAUAAAGGACAGCAAAGCGCUGCUGCACGCAGAACUGAAUGCAUCAGGGACGUCUGUAAGAGACGAGUCUCGAUGACGAAAUUACCUGCGCUCGACAAAUGGGCACCGAAGGAGAAAAAGAAGGCAGUGAAAAAUAUAAAUCUCCAGAUUGCAGAUCGUUCAUGUUUGUCGCGCAGCAGUGAAGAUGCCAGUGGCGAUGCUGAAGUGCGAAGGGAUCCUCAUCCUGCGACAAGCACUUCGGGACCCGAUCGUGUGGAUGACGGGCAGGAAUUUCGACGAUCCACACCUGAAGUCAAUUCGUCAUGGACGCUGCUGGCAAGUCCUGACAGUACCACAGACCGUUGGACGGAGCAGGCAGUCGGCGAAAACAUGCCUUCUCAAAUUAUGAGCACUGCAGACCUUACAGAAACCGCCGAUGUCGCUUUGACUGUUCGGGAAUUGCGUGAAAGGUCCGAGUCUAGCGAAGAAGUCGAGUGUCCCGAGAUCGGCGUCUACGAGGAAGUCGUUCACGCGCAGGAUGACGACGUGGCUUCUGAAGACUUGCAAGAAAUCUCCGACACCGCUGCAUUUGUUGAGUCAGCUGGGACCUUGAAUUGCGAAUCUGGCCCUGACACUGAAUCUGAGAGUGGUUGUACAGAUGAUGAAAGUGAGGAUGCUCAACUCGUCGGCAGCGAUCAGACAGAAGAAGCAGCUGAGGUUAUCAGUGCUAGCCUGCCUGCAUCAGCAGAAAAUACGGACCAACGUUCGACGGGCACCAGUGGAGCUUAUUCCACAGCGUCGAUGCCUUUGAUAGUAAGCGCGGUCGGCGCCGCGGAUAGCCUGUGGUCGCGGUCGUGCGACCAGACAUCGAAUGGACAGGACAGUGAUUGCAAUGCUCCGGAAGAGUCACCGCGAGGAAAUGGCCCCACCGAGCAAGCUUUCGUCUCGUCGCAACGCACCGAACCUGUUGUGCGGGACGCUUGCACGGAUGCUUGUUCCGCCACGUACUACGUUGAUUGCGAACAGGAGACCGCGUCUUACCUGUCGACGUUGACCGACGCUUGUUCCACCACGAACUGCGUUGAUUGGGAAUGGGACACCGCAUCCAACACGUCGACGUUGAACGGCAGUGGCGCCGACUAUGUCAUUCCAGUGUCCGAGAGCUUCCCCGCCGCAGCUGUCGCACGCCAGAGCCUGGAAGUGCCUGGUCCUUCGACGACCCCCACCGGACCAUGGCGAAGUGCGGCGCAGGAGCACCAGACGCCGCCACGGGAACCCGGCCCUCUAGACGCUGCCGCCACCUGCGACGCUUCCGUGAGCGCUACCGAGGGCGCCCUGUUCGAGCUGAAUGCGUUCGCGGCGCUGGCUGUCCACGACUUCUUGGGAGACGAGGUCGCCAAGAAGCAGACACUCGCUUGGUACGCCACGGCCAGGCGCACCAACACGAAGCAGGCGUGCACCCAUGAGAUGCUGAAAUUGCUCUUGACCGCGGCGAAUAGCACGUGUGCUAAGCGGGAAAACCUGUCGAAGGCUCUGCGUAGGCUCGCGCGGUUUCAGUUGACCUUGCAGCAUUCGAGUCCAUGCACGAGCCCCACGGCGCAAGAGCGGGAUGACCUGGCCGAUGAUACGGAUGCCUAGAUUGUGGGUCUCUUUCUGUAUGACGGCUCCAAAGCAUCCGUCUAUCUCCACCUCUUAACGGUAUAGUUAGGCUAUUCCACCCAUCGCCUUACCAACCAUACCGUUAAGAGGUGGAGAUGGACCGAGGCUUUGGAGCCGUCAUACGGAAGGAGAGUGCAAUGUGAACUGUUCUUUUUUUCUCUCAGGUCUUCUCCCGUACACACGUACUCGUGUCAUUCCGGUGUCCUGAACUAAUCUCAUCUAUUCGUGCUUGCAUUGCUCUUGCGCUAACCAGAUGCGUGCGAUCUCAGUAGCAAGACUUGUAACGUCGCCUCCAGGUGGACUAGUACAAUGACUACAAAGCAGUGCUUUCCGUAGUUAACGUUCUUACCAUAAGGGUAGCGAUUUCAUCUGUUACAUAUCUUUCGCUCACUUUGUUCUCUGUACAAUGCGACUAUCUUUUCUUUUUGCGCUCGAUCUCCUUUCCAUACUCCCUCAUUGCGCCUUCUUCCGCGAAGUAAAAGCUUUCUGCUACUAAGUUGUGAUUCAUACGUACGUGAUUCUUACGUACGACUUGGCGCCUCGAAAA